AUGUUCUUUGCUUUGUUUUCAGUAACGACAACUACAAGUACAAGCACAACGACAACUACAGCUACAAGUACAAGUACAACGACAAGUACAAGUGCAACUACAGCAACAACUGCAACUACAACUACAGCGACAACUGCAACUACAACUACAGCGACAACUGCAACUACAACUACAGCGACAACUUCAACUUCAACUUCAACUACAACACCAGAUCCAGGAUUGACCGUUCCGUUUUUGUUUUAUAAAGCAUGUGCUGCAAUAAGUUUUGCCAAUGGUGAUUUUGAAACUGGUACAUCCGCGGGCUGGACAGUCGGUGGUGGUUCACGUAAUGGGGACAUCACAGACAACAUUUUUCCCGACGAUUACUUGCCCGGUGGUUCACAUUAUAGUUUAACUAUUGCCAAUACACAUUCAAGUAUUGUUACUCAUGGCUACGAUCCAGUUCUUGGCACUUUAAUGCCAAACAUCGUGUUUCGAGGGAGCUAUUCGUGGCGUGUUGAGGAUACGGUGAAUGGUGGAUAUGGAUCUGUUCUUUCUCAAGCAGUCCAUAAUUAUUCGUGUACGGAUAUAUAUUUUGCGUGGUUAGCGGCUUUGGAAAAUGGUGGCCACACUGCAGAGCAAUCGUCCGUUAUGAUCAUCGAAGUGAAAGAUUUGACCGUUGGUGACGUAAUACUCAGACGCGUAUACAAUGCCGGAGGUUCAGGCGGAGUCGAUAGUCGUUUCAAUCAAUCUGGUUCAUACUUCUAUACGCCUUCUUGGGAAAUCGAGCAUUUGGUUAUCAACAGCACUCGCAUAGGUAACAGCUUCACUUUAAGUGCACUCGCAAUAGACUGCUCACAACUUGGUCAUUCAGGUCGUAUCUAUCUCGACAGUUUUGGUGGUGUUCCAUUAUAA